AGAUGGAGCGCUUGACGGCUGAACAGAUCAAGGAGUACAAGGGGGUCUUCGAGAUGUUCGAUGAGGAGGGCAACGGGGAGGUGAAGACGGGCGAGCUGGAGCGGCUCAUGAGCCUGCUGGGCAUCAAUCCCACCAAGAGUGAGCUGGCCUCCAUGGCCAAGGACGUGGACAGAGGCAACAAAGGGUUCUUCAACUGUGAUGGCUUCUUGGCACUGAUGGGCAUUUACCACGAGAAAGCCCAGAACCAGGAGGGCGAGCUGAGGGCAGCCUUCCGAGUCUUUGACAAGGAGGGCAAGGGCUACAUUGAUUGGAACACACUCAAGUAUGUGCUCAUGAAUGCGGGUGAGCCCUUAAACGAGGUGGAGGCUGAGCAGAUGAUGAAGGAGGCUGACAAGGACGGAGAUGGGACCAUUGACUAUGAGGAGUUCGUGGCCAUGAUGACCGGAGAGUCCUUCAAGCUGGUCCAGUAG